AAUACUUAACUUUAGCAGUUAAGUAAUUAAAAGCGAGUGUGUCCAAAAAUGAACUUACAUUUUUCACACGUCGUCAACCGCUGCUGCCAGAUUCCUUAAGGAAUUCCAUUUUACUGGCGCAUGGCAUGGGACAGACCAGACCGACGUUUUUGCUGACCACAGAAAAACACGGGCUUUGUUAAUAAACUCGGGUUCAGCAAGCACACGCAGCAGAGAUGUGGACUCUCCGAAGUAGCUCUUUGGAGAGCGUAUGAAACGGAAGCUGCAGUUAAGCCCAGAGCAAUGUAGCAACUUCUAUGCAGACCAAUAUGGAAAAAUGUUUUUUCCUAAUUUAACAGCCUAUAUGAGUUCUGGACCAAUAGUUGCUAUGGUUCUUGCCAGAUAUCGUGCAGUCUCAUACUGGAAGGAACUGCUUGGACCAUCAAACAGCAUAAGAGCUAAGAGAACUCACCCUCACAGCUUAAGAGCCAUCUAUGGGACUGAUGACCUGAGGAAUGGGCUUCAUGGCAGUCACAGCAUUUCCACGGCAGAAAGAGAAAUCCGGUUCAUGUUUCCAGAAGUGAUCAUGGAGCCAAUUCCCACUGGACAAAGAGCCAGGGAUUACUUGAACCUUUCUGUGAAGCCCACGUUACUAGCUGGGCUCACUGCACUGUGUAAAGAGAAGCCAGCAGACCCAAUGAUCUGGCUUGCUGACUGGCUGAUUGAACACAAUCCUAACAAACCCAGGCUGCAGCAUCACAUCACUGAGAAGAAGCAUCAGGGGUGAGAGCUCAGUGGAAACCACCUCAAGCAUUCCAAGUUACUGAUCUAUGUUACCAUUUUCAGUGUAUCCCUUGGCUAUGUAAUCAAUAUUAUCUGAAGUUGAUGUUAUUGUCAUAACUACCUGUGUCUUCAUGGAAUAAAUAACCUUACACUUAACCAGGGUUUAACAGUUGUAGUAGCUUUUCUAUCAACAAAGGGAAUGUAGAAUCACAGGAUAAAUUGGCGGUGUCGGGUGAUUAGGAAAAGACAAGUUUCUCAAAAGGUGUGACUUAGCUCUUGUUUUCCCCAUUUAUCUUGGUUUGGCUGUUUGGGGAGAACAAAAUCACUUGCACCGGUGCAGAUUCCCAAAUGACAUACAGUUGCUUUGGGAAACUGGGAAUUGUGUUUGGGCAUCGUUUUAGGAGACACAGAUUCCAUGAUGAAGGGAGGUGCUUGAAUGUGACUUGGAAAACAAUUACUGGAGGUGUAUUAGCAGCUUUAGCAUUUUAGUUGCUGAUUGCAUCACCGAGCUAAGGUCACUCUUGAAGGGGAUUCACUUGAGCCUCAUGUAUUUUGCCAGAAUGUAAUUUGAAGGACCUAUUUGAAAGUCCACUGGUGUAUCUUUCCCAUCUCAGCAUCAAAAGGCACAGUGAUUAUAAGUCAGCCUUUAUUUCCAUUCGAAGCCACAAGAAGGUGUAUUUUAGUCAAGGACUAAUGCUGUCUUCCCACAUUUGUUUGAAGGAAAGGUGUUUAAUCAGAACAUCUCACCUUAAGGGUGCUUUCUGCUCUUGAAAGCUAUGCUGAUUCCUGUUGUGUUCCUUGUGUUGUUGUUUGCCCUCAAACUUCUAUGUGUUUUGUUUUGAGAAUUUUAAGGGAAUAUUGAACAGCAAUGGGUUAAUCCCACACUAUUACCUUUCCUAAAGUAACUGGACUGGGUUUUGGGGGGAAGUUUGUGGGGCUUUAAUUUUCGCUGUUAACUUCAAGCUUUGUGUCUUAUGGUUUGGCUGGGAAAUGUCACUUUCACAGCUCUGAACCAUGAACCAUCAGUGUGCUUGUCUAACACCAAACAAACAAGCACAUUCAUAAUUCGUUUCAUGAAAAAACUCGCUCCCUCGACUUGAGGAAUUACCAGAAACAUGAGUCACUUGUGACAUUAAAUCUUUGUUUAAUUGUUUAUCUUCUCAGUGGAAUAAACCACUAUUGCCAGCCCAGAGAAUAAACCUCAGAAAACUGGUGCCUACAGUACCGAGACCUAAAAACGAGAAAGCAAGCCCAAGCCCUCAAAUACAAAGGAAAAAAUACGAGGUGGUUAGAAAUACAGUGAACAGAUCUGUUUAGAAGUAAUUUGCCUGUAAUUAUUGCCCCCAUAUGUGUCUGAUCGUCCCGAUUCCAGGGCAGUUGCACUUUGUGGUUUCCUUCAGCCAAACCAAGACAUUUCUUUUCUGAAGAUGCCAGAAACUAAAAUCUGUUGAAUUCACAAGACACUCUCCUGUACUUUGUUAGUUACUAUGGCAUUUGCUUUCUUAUUCUGAUGUGAUGCUGCUUGACAAUAAAUACCUCCUUUAUGCUA